CGAGUAAGGAAGCAAUAAAAAUGCUCUUCUGAAGACUGGGUUUGGCACCAGUCUUCGGGCUUCCUCCCAAGUCAAUCAAUCGUAUCUCUCUCCCCUCCACCUCAAACCUACCCAGCUCCGGACCAUUACCCCCUCCCCUUGCCUUACCAUCGAACAACGACCCAUGUGGCGCUCCUCCUCCUACUCUCGAUCCCUCCUCCGCACCCUACUGGGCGGCUCGCAAAGGCGCAUCGAGUGCCGCUCCGUGAAGCACCCGAUCCUGCUGUGGCCCCCUCUUGCUUUCCUCUCCUCCUCCUCCCCUUACGUUGCGGCCGGAGGCGUGGGCGGCGGCUCGGCGGCGGAGUCGAUUACGUUUGUGGAUGCGCCGAAGCAGAAGCUGGAGCGGGACGGGGCGGGGGUGAUCGGGUACCCGCAGCUCCUAGAGGGAACCGGGUUGGGGCGCUUCCGGGAUGAGGCCGUCGCUUGCCGGAUGUUCCACGGGCCCGGCGCCGUCCUCUUGUUCAGGACCACGGUCUGUUCCCGACCGAGUAAGUUUGUAGCAGGGUACUGUUGCGAGAAUUAUGCAACCAGCUCGUCUAGUUAUUCUACGUAUGAUGGAACAAUGGAUGGUCAGAAAGUUUGUAAAGUGCGUGACUGCAACUAUUCUAAUCUUGAAGAGCCAGUGGAGAAAAAAGUUGGGAAGAACAUCUCAUCAGUGGAGAAAAGAAAGUUCCUUGUUAACACGCUUCUUGACCUUAAAGAUUCCAAAGAGGCUGUAUAUGGUACCCUUGAUGCUUGGGUAGCAUGGGAGCAUAGCUUUCCUUUGGUUACACUCAAGAAGGCACUUCUUGUUCUUGAAAAGGAGGAACAGUGGCAUCGAGUUGUACAGGUGAUAAAAUGGAUGUUAAGCAAGGGCCAAGGAACAACAAUGGGUACAUAUGAGCAAUUAAUACGUGCUUUAGAAAAGGACAACAGGGCUGAGGAGGCCCACAGAAUUUGGGUGAAGAAUAUUAGCCAUGACUUGCAUUCAGUCCCUUGGCGAUUUUGUGAUCUUAUGCUUUCCAUCUACUACAGAAAUAACAUGCUAGAGAGGCUUGUAAAGCUUUUCCAAGAACUUGAGGCAUACGAUCGGAAACCACCAAGUAAAUCUGUUGUGAGAAAAGUAGGAGAUGCAUAUGAAGUCCUUGGUUUAUUGGAGAAAAAGAAUAAACUAUUGGAAAAAUAUAAUAAUCUAUUCAGUGAGAUUUCAGACAAAACUUCCCGGAGUUCUAAAAGAUCCAAGAGAGUUGCAGGAAUCAAUGGUGAAAGAACAGACAGAACUCAUACAUCUGCAAAAGAUUCAGAUAGUGGGCCUUUGGAUGCAGAAAUUGAUGCAAGAGUUUAAGUUACUGGUAUAAUUUUAAAGAGAUAAACGAUGACAAAAUAUCCAUAUUGCUUGCUAAAGAUGUGAACUUUUGCACAUUCCCUUGAUCAAACAAUGUUAUCAAGUGGAUAUCAACUUGAGAUGUUUUUUUUUUUCUCUGGAAAUCUUGGCCUUUGUUAUCUUUAUGACGACAGAUAUCAACUCGUGCAGUUUCUUCAAGUCCUCGUGACUAGCACGUUACCUCAGCAAUCUCGUAAUGGUAUCAGCAGUUACGCAACAGUGGAUUGUGCUGCACUAGUAAGGUGGUCUGUUAAAUUUGCAUUUGUAGUUAAAUAUGGUCGAGAAAGAUUGUUGAAGGAAAUAUUGUAACUAAAUGUUUUAUGGCUCUAUGAUAUUGGAGACUGCAACGAGGCUAUCAAUAGUUCCAUCUUAAGUCUUUCAAAUAUUGAAGUUAUAUUCCAGAAUUGGCAUGAAUUUCUUGAUCUGCA